UUCUUGUCUCCACUAGCCCACCUGCCCGUUUUUCACCCCAGUAUGCCGACUGAACUGCUCUAUUUUGACGACACGUACCUGUUUGCAGGCGCUGCCACUGUCCUUGGCGUCACCUGUAGCUCAGAAACAACCGAUGACCCCGAUCUCGCCAAGGCCCUCAGCAAGGCUCAGCAUGCGGUGAUUCUCGACCAAACGCUGUUCUACCCGCAGGGCGGCGGCCAGCCAACUGACGUAGGCACUAUUUCCAGCAACAAUGCUGUGUUUUCCGUCAAGCACGUGUUCAGCUACAACAGCGUUGUCUACCACUUGGGCGAGUUUUCCGAAGGCGAGUUCUCCACCGGCGACUCGGUCGUCUUGUCAGUGGACGAGGCAGUGCGUCGACAGAACGCCAAGUGCCACUCGGGCGGGCACACAAUCUUCAGCCUCAUCAAGGACUCGCAGUGGCCGAUGGUCGAGAAGAAGGGGCACCACUUUACGGAUGGCGCCUAUGUGGAGUUUACUGGUAUCAUGCCCGACGAGAUAGACAAGGACAAGUUCCAGGCCAUGGUCGACAAGGUCAUUAGCGACAACGUCGAGGUGACGGCGUAUACGAAGGAGGAUGGACUGAGGUAUGUCAAGGUGGGCGAUUUUGUGGAGAAUCCCUGUGGCGGCACCCACAUCAAGAGCACUGGUGAGCUGGGCAAGCUGGUUAUCCGCAAGAUUGCGAGGCGCAAGGGCCAGAACCUGACCAAGAUUUCAUACACCGUGUGAGCUUCUCGUAGCUAUGUACUCCUCCCCUCCACCUGCAUUUAUGUGGGUGGGGAGGAUACUGAUGGCAAUACACAGCAACAAAAGAUACCACAUAUACUACAACAUAUCUUUCAAAAUGCUCCUUUUUAAUGCUGAAUCCGUGCUCCUCAUUUCACUCGCGCUUGUCUCGCCGGGCGAUCAUCCACUUGAAGUACUCGUAUGUAGUCCAGCUGAUGGCCGUGGCAGGCAUGUUGGCAAUGACUCUGGGGCGAGCGCCGCGGAAGAACCCGUUGACGCCCUGCUGCUUGUAAAUAAUCUUCGCCGACUGAAUCAUCGAGCUCGCAUUCCUGACCUCGGGGUCAACCGACGCGCCGCGCGUCUGCAGCAGCGU